AACAUGGACACCAAUAUGGAGGAUGUUGGGCGCACCCCUGAACCUACAAGACUCUCGCCCGCAUCAGAACCUGCCUCCAUUCCUACACUUGACGGGUGGAUUGAGACUCUUAUGCAGUGCAAACAGUUGGCAGAAGUGGAUGUUCAGCGAUUGUGCGAGAAAGCACGGGAGGUUCUGCAGGAUGAGUCGAAUGUACAGCCGGUGAAAUGCCCUGUAACGGUUUGCGGAGAUAUUCACGGUCAAUUCCAUGAUCUGAUGGAGCUAUUCAGAAUUGGUGGCCCAAAUCCAGAUACCAAUUAUCUCUUCAUGGGCGACUAUGUUGAUCGAGGAUACUACUCCGUCGAAACCGUCACCCUCCUCGUGGCCCUCAAGAUCAGAUAUCCCCAGCGCAUUACAAUCCUCCGUGGUAAUCACGAAUCCCGCCAAAUUACCCAAGUCUAUGGCUUCUACGACGAGUGCCUCCGAAAGUACGGCAACGCGAAUGUCUGGAAAUACUUCACCGACCUCUUCGACUACCUUCCCCUCACAGCCCUGAUUGAUAACCAGAUCUUCUGCCUCCACGGAGGUCUCUCUCCCAGCAUUGAUACACUCGAUAAUAUCAGAGCCCUCGACCGCAUACAAGAGGUACCACACGAGGGUCCUAUGUGCGAUCUCCUGUGGUCGGAUCCAGAUGAUAGAUGCGGGUGGGGAAUAUCGCCGAGAGGAGCUGGGUAUACGUUUGGCCAGGACAUUUCCGAGGCCUUCAACCACAAUAAUGGCUUGACUCUGGUUGCAAGAGCUCAUCAAUUGGUUAUGGAGGGUUAUAAUUGGUCUCAAGAUAGAAACGUAGUGACCAUAUUCUCUGCCCCAAAUUACUGCUACAGGUGCGGUAAUCAAGCAGCCAUCAUGGAAAUCGACGAACAUCUGAAAUACACAUUCCUACAAUUCGACCCAUGCCCACGCGCAGGCGAACCAAUGGUCUCACGACGCACGCCUGACUACUUCCUUUAA